GGCGAUAAAAGCCCCAAGAUAUCUCCGAAGUAGAUCAGUUUAUUUCAGAAUUCACAAACGAUCCGCAAAGAAAUCCUAAAGCUAAAGAUACUUACCCGGUCCGAAUCAUAUACAAACCCUAUAUCGAAGACCCUCUAUCCCAAGGAAAGGAAUCCCCGAAGAUCGCAUCUCUAAUGCUUGUCUGGAACGAUAAACAGGAUACCAACUUUACGUUUAUCUGAGGUGCUCCCAGUUGCCCAGAAAUCGGAUCGGAGACAUCAUCAUCGUCGAACCCAAAACAUAUUUGGAAUUUCUGUUUUGUUUUUUUUUUGUUUGGUUUUUGUUUUUCGUUACCUUUGGAAAGGGCCGGCCUGGUGAUAAUGCCCAGCAGUGUUGUCAACGAGAGUCAGUUCCGAUUCCAGAACAGCCGCAGUCGGGCCAGCUGCACAAGCCGGAGUCCCAGUGAGCCGGACUCUUCGGCAGCCGUGACUCCCAACUGCGAUGAGGUGGAGCAAGCUUUGGCCGAGCUCCAGAUGCAGUCGCAGGAGAUCAGUAAGCAGGAUCUUAAGGCAUCGACCAGUAGCCAAAAACGUUCAGGAUGGCAGAUCAAUGCAUCUAAACUUUCACUCAACACCCACAAUCGCAUCCGGAGCAUUGUAGAGUCGCUGAAGAUUACGCCGAAUCCGGAGAAACCUAUGAUACCGCUGUCUAUUGGUGAUCCCACAACCUUUGGCAACCUAAAAGCCGCCGAUGAGACCAUGAAAGCGGUGCUGCAUUCGCUGGAGAGUGGCAAGAAUAACGGAUAUGCCCAUACUCAGGGUCACGAGGUUGCCCGGAAGGCAGUGGCUAAGUACAGUGCCCAUCAGCGACCUGACGGCGAGAUCGAGCCAAAUGACGUUAUACUAUGCAGUGGCUGCUCCUCGGCCUUGGAGUACUGUAUCCUGGCCCUGGCUGAUCACGGUCAGAAUAUAUUGAUACCGCGUCCAGGUUUUUGUUUGUACCAUACGCUGGCCGAAGGACUGGACAUUGAAGUACGCUACUAUGACCUCCUGCCUGAUCAGCAAUGGCGUGCUGAUCUCGUUCAGCUGGAGAGCCUGAUUGAUGAGAACACCGCCGCUUUGUUGAUCAACAACCCGAGUAAUCCAUGCGGUAGUGUAUUCGAUGAGAAGCAUCUGCGACAACUGAUCAAUAUCUGUGAACGCCACUAUCUGCCGAUCAUAGCCGACGAGAUCUAUGAGCACUUUGUGUUCCCUGGCUCAAAGCACUUGGCCGUUAGCAGCCUGACCACAGAGGUUCCAGUUCUUUCCUGCGGCGGAUUGACCAAGCGCUUCCUUGUUCCUGGUUGGCGAAUGGGAUGGAUCAUCGUUCAUGACCGCAAGCAACGUUUGGCCAAUGCCAUUGUCGGUCUGAAGAAUAUGUGUGGUCGCAUUUUGGGCUCCAACACCAUCAUCCAGGGGGCCUUACCCGAGAUCUUGACCAAAACACCACAGUCUUACUUUGAUGGUGUAAUUGAUGUGCUUCACUCGAAUGCCACGUUGGCCUAUAAAAUGCUGAAGCAAGUACGCGGCCUCAAUCCCGUGAUGCCCAACGGAGCCAUGUACAUGAUGAUCGGUGUGAGCAUCGAGCGUUUUCCGGCCUUCAAAGACGACACCCAUUUUGUCCAGGAGUUGGUCAACGAGCAGAGUGUCUUCUGUCUACCAGGCAGCUGUUUCGAGUAUCCAGGUUACGUGAGGAUUGUGCUCACUGUACCCGGUCUGAUGAUCGAGGAGGCCUGCUCCAGGAUUGCCGAGUUCUGUGAUCGCCACUUUAAGAAGGAUUCGCGUGCAUUUAUUGAGGAUGGACUGCUGGACGAGGAUCUGGCCUUUUAAACUGCGAUGUGAGCUGCUGAGCUGGGAGCAAAACAUUUAUUAGACAUUCUAGACUACAAUUUUUAUCAAGUAUACAUAAGUGUAUGUAUGUAUAUAAUAUAUAUAUAUAUAUAUCAAUCAUAUUAACUA